GCGGCCCACUCAUUCCUCGCAGCUCACCAACAUGUCGAAGCGCAUUGUGGAGGCGGCGCAUCAGAAGACCAGGGCUACAGCAGGGGGCUUUUUGCCAGAGGCACCGAUUGGUCGUGGUGGCAAGAUGGAUGACACCUCGUGCGUUGUGGCGGAGAUCAUUGAGUGGACGGAAGCACACCAGAAGCUCUAUGCACGGGAGGAGUUCAUUCCCAAAUGGUCUAACUUCUGGCACUGCCAAGUGGGCUGCGAAGGUGAUGAAAAUGAGUUGCAGGAGUAUGAUGGGGAAAUGACACCACCUGGAUUUCAUCGCAAGAGAAGCAAGCGCGCAGAGGACGAAAUGUUCUGCUCAAUCAGCUGAGUUCAAGGUUCAGAGGUGCAAGCCAUGGGAUCAUGGCAUGUGAUGUAGAGAUCAGAAUCCAUGGCCGAUGCUGGCCGAUGAGUUGAUAGGCUGGUAGGACAUGUUGCGAUGUCAUUGUCAUGCCAUGCCCGGCCCUGUCCCUUAUUUUGUUUCUUGGAUCUUUUGGUGUCAGGUGGAAGCCAACUCGUUCGCUGAGCAGAGUUGCGGCUCCCGUUGAGAAUUGGUGACAGUCGCAAAAUUCGGCUGCGCCGUUGCCCAUGGUCAGAGCCAAGUGUUGCCUCCAUGGAUCUCCAUGUUGUAGGGCCGUUUCUGUCAACCUGGACCGUCUUCCAAGACGGUUACAUCUAAGUCACUCAUGUUUCUUUUUUCAAUUUGCCACUCUUGCCACUCUUUUCUUAGUGUUGUG